AUGGGAGAUCCUGUCGAUAGUCCUAUGACAGGAGUUGAAUCGACUAUCAAGGAGGAGCUCUCUAUGGAGAUUGACCCUCCCUUCCGAGAGAAUGUCGCCACUGCUGAGGACUGGCGGAAGGCGCUCAACAAGGUCGUUCCUGCUGUCGUCGUCCUCCGAACCAACGCCUGUCGUGCCUUCGACACUGAGGCCGCUGGUGCCAGCUACGCCACUGGUUUUGUCGUUGACAAGCGCAGGGGAAUCAUCUUGACUAAUCGUCACGUCGUCAAGCCGGGACCUGUAGUUGCUGAGGCCAUGUUUGUAAACCGGGAAGAAGUCCCAGUGUAUCCUGUGUACAGAGAUCCGGUUCAUGAUUUUGGCUUCUUUCGUUAUGAUCCUAGUGCAAUACAGUUUCUGCAGUAUGAGGAGAUUCCUCUUGCCCCUGAAAUUGCAUGUGUUGGACUUGAAAUCCGGGUUGUUGGGAAUGACAGUGGCGAGAAGGUAUCAAUUUUGGCUGGAACUGUUGCUCGUUUAGAUAGAGAUGCUCCUCACUAUAAAAAGGAUGGCUAUAAUGAUUUCAACACAUUCUACAUGCAAGCAGCAUCGGGGACUAAGGGUGGUUCAAGUGGUUCUCCAGUUAUUGAUUGGCAAGGUAGGGCAGUGGCCUUGAAUGCAGGUAGCAAGUCGUCAAGUGCAUCUGCCUUUUUUUUACCUUUAGAACGGGUUGUAAGAGCACUAAGAUUCCUCCAGAAGGGGAAAGAUUCUUAUAUAAAUAAAUGGGAGGCAGUUUCUAUUCCUCGUGGUACGCUACAGGUGACAUUUCUUCAUAAAGGAUUUGAUGAGACCCGACGACUUGGUCUCCAAAGCGGAACGGAGCAGAUGGUGCGACAUGCAUCUCCUCCCGGAGAAACUGGAUUGCUUGUUGUUGACUCUGUGGUGCCUGGUGGCCCAGCUCAUUCACAAUUGGAGCCGGGUGAUGUCCUUGUUCGUGUGAAUGGGGAAGUGAUUACUCAAUUUCUGAAAUUGGAGACUUUGCUUGAUGACAGUGUUGGGAACACAAUUGAAUUGCAGAUUGAAAGGGGUGGCACAUCAAUGACUGUAAACUUAGUGGUCCAGGAUUUACACUCAAUAACUCCUGACUACUUCUUAGAAGUAAGUGGUGCAGUGAUACAUCCUUUAUCAUAUCAACAGGCUAGAAAUUUCCGAUUUCCUUGUGGUCUUGUCUACGUUUCGGAACCUGGAUAUAUGCUAUUUAGAGCAGGUGUUCUUCGCCAUGCGAUCAUUAAGAAAUUUGCUGGUCAAGAGAUAUUGCGGCUUGAUGAACUAAUCUCAGUUCUCUCUAAGCUGUCUAGGGGUGCUCGAGUGCCAUUAGAAUAUGUAAGCUAUACGGACCGCCAUCGCAGGAAGUCUGUUCUUGUAACAAUUGAUCGCCAUGAGUGGUAUGCUCCACCUCAGAUAUACACUCGUGAUGACAGUUCUGGUCUGUGGACAGCAAGGCCUGCUAUUCAGUCCGAGUCUCUGUUGCUGGCAUCGGGUACCAAUGGUGCAGGUCUAGGCUUAAACAAUCAGACAAUUCUGUCAUGUGGUGAGCCUGUUCAUAUGGAACAUAAGCAUCAAGGUAAUGACCAAGAGUUGACUGAUGGUGUUACUAGUAUGGAAACUGCCAGUGGAGAUGCUUCUAUAGAGUCACAUUCUCGAGAUGAAUCUGAUAGUGGGAGAAAGAAACGACGAGUGGAAGAGUACGCAUCUGCUGAUGGUGUAGUUGCUGACGGCUCUGUACAUGAAAGUGGAGAUGUUAAGUUGGAGGAUCCAAGUACCAUGGAAAAUGCAGGUUCAAGAGACUAUCAAGGUGCCACUGCAGUGACAACAAAUGCUUCAUUAGCAGAACGUGUGAUAGAGCCCACUCUUGUAAUGUUUGAGGUUCAUGUACCACCGUCAUGUAUGAUUGAUGGUGUCCAUUCUCAACAUUUUUUUGGAACUGGUGUCAUUAUAUACCAUUCUCAAAACAUGGGGUUGGUUGCAGUUGACAAGAACACAGUUGCAAUUUCUGCGUCAGAUGUGAUGCUUUCAUUUGCUGCUUUUCCAAUUGAAAUACCCGGAGAGGUGGUUUUUCUCCAUCCUGUUCACAAUUUUGCUCUUGUUGCUUAUGAUCCUUCUGCCCUGGGGGCUGCUGGUGCUGCAGUGGUUCGUGCUGCUGAAUUACUUCCAGAACCUGCAUUGCGCCGUGGGGAUUCAGUAUGUCUUGUGGGGCUGAGUAGAAGUCUACAAGCAACGUCUAGGAAAUCCAUUGUGACCAACCCGUGUGCCGCUUUAAAUAUCAGCUCAGCUGAUUGUCCACGAUACAGAGCAAUGAAUAUGGAAGUCAUUGAGGUUGAUACUGACUUUGGUAGUACAUUUUCUGGUGUGUUGACUGAUGAGCAAGGAAGGGUUCAAGCUAUCUGGGGAAGCUUUUCAACUCAGCUGAAAUUUGGUUGCAGUUCGUCAGAGGAUCAUCAAUUUGUCAGAGGUAUUCCAGUAGAUACAAUCAGCCAAGUUCUUGACAAAAUCAUAUCUGGAGCAAGCGGACCAUCUCUUCUUAUAAACGGUGUUAAAAGGCCAAUGCCACUUGUUAGGAUUUUAGAGGUUGAACUUUAUCCUACUCUGCUUUCAAAGGCUCGGAGCUUUGGUCUUAGUGAUGAUUGGGUCCAAGCUCUUGUCAAGAAGGAUCCAGUGAGACGACAAGUUUUACGUGUUAAAGGUUGUUUGGCUGGAUCAAAAGCUGAGAAUUUACUUGAACAAGGUGACAUGGUGUUGGCAGUCAAUAAACAGCCUGUUACUUGUUUCCAUGACAUAGAAAAUGCUUGUCAAGCAUUGGACAAAUAUGAUGAAAAUGAUGGGAAGCUUGACCUGACCAUUUUUCGGCAGGGACGUGAAAUUGAGAUUAAGGUGGGAACAGAUGUCAGGGAUGGGAAUGGCACAACACGUGUGAUAAAUUGGUGUGGUUGUAUUGUUCAGGAUCCUCAUCCUGCAGUCCGUGCCCUGGGAUUUCUUCCUGAUGAAGGUCAUGGUGUGUACGUAGCAAGGUGGUGUCAUGGUAGUCCAGUUCAUCGAUAUGGUCUGUAUGCUCUUCAAUGGAUUGUUGAAAUUAACGGAAAGCCAACUCCUGAUCUAGAUGCUUUUGUCAAUGUGACAAAGGAAAUAGAGCAUGGAGAAUUUGUCCGUGUAAGGACAGUUCACCUGAAUGGGAAGCCUCGAGUUUUAACGUUAAAGCAGGAUUUGCACUACUGGCCUACUUGGGAGCUGAUAUUUGAUCCUGAUACUGCAAUUUGGCGCCGAAAGACCAUCAAGGCAAUAGACUGCAGUAGUGUAUAAAGGAAAGUACUAGACUUCACUGCACCCUUUUUCAUCGAGGAGCAAGUUGGAAUUUGAACAUAGACUGACUUGGAAUUCUUGGUUCCACUGAAGCAGCAAGCUCGCGCUCUCUGUUAGAUAUAUAGAAGAGCUUUGAGAAUUGAGUCGAAGGAGGUGGCUACAGUGCAUUUGCUAUAUAGUUAGACACUUAUUGUGCCCAAAUAUUAAAAUUAUAAACUCUUUGAGAUAUAAACCAAUUUAUACAUGAUAUUUAUUAGGGAAAAAAAAAAAAGAUAAAUAAAAGAUGUUUUGAGUUUGCCCUUGUGAUGAAAGUUUUAGUUGAUAUUACAAAAUGCUCUGUAAAACCAGUAUCUGUUUUUAUAGACGCCCUUGCCUUCUGAUUGAAUGAUUGACAGGAA